GUGGUGACAAAGCCGAGCCGGAGCAGCCGCGGCUCAUUGAUUUGUCUGAGAAGCUGUUGGCUUUUGAAAUGAGACAGGAAGGAGGGUUGAGGCGGAGCCCUGCACAGGAAGAGGUGAGGAGCCCAGCUGCCGUGACAACCGGUGGGCUUGGGGGACUGCAGGAGCCGGCGGGCCGGAGCCCCCCUGCCCUGUGCAGUCAGUGCCUCCCCAUCCCUUCCAACAGGGCUUUGCUCCCGCCCCGCACAGAUCCCGAGGGCUCGGGGCCCAGUUGACCGGCCACAGAGAAUCUCAGGACAUCCUCGCCACCACGCAGCUGCCUCUGUCCCCUGGAGCAGGGCUGAGCCCGGGAGCACCAGGAUGGAGAACCCUCGGCCCCCCAGUCUCGGCAUCCCUAGGGAAAUGAGGUCUGGGAGACCCCUGGGCGAGGGAUGGCCCACCCCCACCCCCUGAGUUCGUGGGGCCCUGCCGGAGGAGCUGCCGUGGGCCGGACACCCCGCCCACUGCAGGUCACAAAUGAGGACAGCACAGCACGAGGAGCUCAGGUGGCCUGCCCGGUGCCACACAGCCAGUAAGUGGCGGAGCUCAGGUUCCAGCCUGGGCCCGGUUCUUAUCCACCAUGCUCCUGGCGUCAGGGACGACGCUCGCCAUCCAGGAACGAACGGCCCUUCCUGGCCCUUCCUGGAGGCCGGACGGAGGGGGCCGCCGGCAGCCUGGGGAAGGACAGGGAGUGGGUCCCUCCCCAUCCCUGGAGGCUCACUCACCUGUCCCAGGCCAGGGUGGUGACGCGGCAAACGGCACCUCAGGCCCUCUCUUGGCAGCUGCUGGCGGCCAUCGCGGACCCCAUGAGGAAGCAGGAGGUGCGGACCGGCGGGGAGGCAGGCCAGGGCCGAGGCCCCGGCUCCCCGGCUGGGCAAGUGAAAGCCCUCAUGGACCUGCUGGCCGGGAAGAGCAGUCAGGGCUCCCAGGCCCCAGAGCCCCUGGACAGGGUGCCACAGGCCCCCCUAGGGCCUCACGGUGAUGACUCGAGGAUACAGAAGUGCCGGGAGGCUCUGCUGAACAGGGCGAGAGGCGGCCCCCCGCCCAGGCUGACCAGCCUCCUGCUGCUGGAGGGGCUGACAGACCUACAGCUGAGGGAACAUGACUUCACACAGGUGGAGACCACGCGUGGGGCCUGGCGCCCGGCCAGGAGCCUCACCCUGGACAGACUCUUCCUGCCUCUGUCUCGGGUGUCUAUCCCCCCCCGCAUCUCCAUCACCAUCGGGGUAGCUGGCGUGGGCAAGACCACCCUGGUGAGGAACUUUGUCCAGCUCUGGGCCCGGGGACAGGUCGCCAAGGACUUCUCCCUGGUGCUCCCCUUGACCUUCCGAGAUCUCAACACCCACGAGAAGCUGUCUGCGGACAGACUCGUCCGCUCCGUCUUCUCGCACAUCGGGGAGUCCGGCCCGGAGGCGGCAGCCCCACCCAAAACCCUCCUGAUCCUGGAUGGCCUGGACGAGUGUAAGACGCCUCUGGACUUCUCAAACACCGUGGCCUGCACGGACCCCAAGAAGGAGAUCCAGGUGGACCAUCUGAUCACCAACAUUAUCCGGGGCAACCUAUUCCCAGAAGUCUCUGUCUGGGUCACUUCCCGCCCCAGCGUGGCCGGCCAGAUCCCGGGGGGCCUGGUAGACCGGAUGACAGAGAUCCGGGGCUUUGACGAGGAGGAGAUCAAGGCGUGUUUGGAGGAGAUGUUCCCCGAGGACCACACCCUCUCCGACUGGGUCCUGAGGCAGGUGCGGGCGGACAGGGCCCUGUACCUGAUGUGCACGGUCCCAGCCUUCUGCCGGAUUGCGGGGUCGGCCCUGGGUCACCUGCGCCACAGCGGGCCGGGGCCCCAGGAGGCCGGGCAGCAGACUCCGAGGACCCUGUGCGAGCUCUACUCUUGGUACUUCAGGAUGGCCCUCGGCGGGGACGGGCAGGAGAAGGGCAAGGUGAGCCCUCGCAUCGAGCAGGUGGCCCACAGCUGCCGCAAGAUGGUGGGCACUCUGGGGCGGCUGGCCUUCCACGGGCUGGUCAGGAAGAAGUACGUGUUCUACGAGCAGGACCUGAAGGCGUUUGGCGUGGAUCUCGCUCUGCUGCAGAGCGGCCUGUGCAGCCGCUUCCUGCAGCGGGAAGAGACGCUGGCCGCGUCGACGGCCUACUGCUUCACGCACCUGUCCCUGCAGGAGUUUGUGGCGGCCGCGUAUUACUACGCUGCCUCCAGGCGGGCUAUCUUCGACCUCUUCGCCGAGGGUGGCGUGUCCUGGCCCCGCCUCGGCUUCCUCACACACUUCAGGAGCGCGGCCCAGCGGGCCAUGCAGGCCGAGGACGGGCGGCUGGAUGUGUUCCUGCGCUUCCUCUCGGGACUCCUCUCCCCCGGGGUCAACGCCCUGCUGGCAGGCUCCCUGCUGGUGCAGGGGGAGCACCAGGGCUACGGGGCCCAGGCGGCCGAGCUCCUGCAGGGCUGCCUGCGCCCCGAUGUGGCGGUGUGCGCCCGGGCCGUCAACGUCCUGCACUGCCUGCACGAGCUGCGGCAUACGGAGCUGGCGCGCGGCGUGGAGGAGGCCAUGCAGAGCGGCAGCCUGGCGGGGCUGACCGGCCCCCAGCACCACGCGGCCCUGGCCUACCUCCUGCAGGUGUCAGACGCCUGCGUCCAGGAGGCCAACCUGUCCCUGUGCCUCAGCAAGGGCAUCCUCCAGAGCCUGCUGCCCCAGCUGCUCUACUGCCGGAGCCUGAGGCUGGACAACAACCAGUUCCAGGACCCCGUGAUGGAGCUGCUGGGCAGCGUGCUGAGCGGGAAGGACUGUCGCAUUCAGAGGAUCAGCUUGGCUGAGAACCAGAUCAGUAACAAAGGGGCCAAAGCUCUGGCCAGAUCCCUCCUGGUCAACAGAAGUCUGACCGCUCUGGACCUCCGCAGCAACUCCAUCGGACCUCAAGGGGCCAAGGCUCUGGCAGAUGCUCUGAAGAUUAACCGCACUCUGGCCUUUCUGAGCCUCCAGAAUAAUGCCAUCAGGGAUAACGGUGCCAGGUUUGUGGCUGAGGCCUUGGCCGCCAACCAGACCCUCUCUGUGCUACACCUGCAGAAGAAUACCAUUGGGCCUCUGGGAGCCCAGCAGACGGCAGAUGCCCUGAAGCAGAACAGGAGUCUGAAGGAGCUCAUAUUCUCCAGUAACAGCAUUGGUGAUAAAGGUGCCGAGGCCCUGGCUAAGGCCCUGAAGGUGAACCAGGGCCUGGAGAGCCUGGACCUGCAGAGCAAUUCCAUCAGUGACGCAGGUGUGGCGGCGCUGAUGGGGGCCCUCUGCACCAACCAGACCCUCAUCAGCCUCAACCUGCGAGAAAACUCCAUCAGCUCAGAGGGAGCCCGGGACCUGGCUCAAGCUCUCUGCAGCAACAGCACCCUGAAAAAUCUGGACCUGACAGCCAACCUCCUCCACGACCAGGGCGCCCAGGCCAUCGCGCUGGCAGUGAGAGAAAACCGGGCCCUCACAUCCCUCCACCUGCAGUGGAACUUCAUCCAGGCCGGUGCAGCCAAGGCCCUGGGACAAGCACUACAACUCAACCGGAGCCUGACCAGCCUCGAUUUGCAGGAGAACGCCAUCGGGGACGAGGGCGCCUCCGCACUGGCCAGCGCACUAAAGGCCAACACGGCCCUCACUGCUCUCUAUCUGCAGGUGGCCUCCGUUGGUGCCCGGGGGGCCCAGGCGCUAGGGGAUGCCCUGGCUGUGAACAGGACCUUGGAGAUUCUCGACUUAAGAGGAAACGCCAUCGGGGUGGCCGGAGCCAAAGCCCUGGCAAAUGCUCUGAAGGUCAACUCAAGUCUCCGAAGACUCAAUCUUCAAGAGAACUCCUUGGGGAUGGAUGGGGUGAUAUGCGUUGCCACGGCACUCUCUGGGAACCGCGGCCUCCAGCACAUCAACCUCCAGGGAAAUCACAUUGGGGAGUCUGGCGCCAGGAUGAUCUCGGAGGCUCUCAAGACCAACGCUCCUUCGUGCACUGUUGAAAUGUGAGCGCAAAAGAGCCUGGUGGAUCGGGC